AUGUAAAGCCAAUUACCUGAAUAUUAAAAAUAAUGUAAAUCUUUGUUACCUACAUAGUUGAUACAAUAAACUAAAAUUUGGAAGAAAAAUUUUAAGAAUAUGAAACUUUUAAAUAGCUAGAUUAUAAAUUUUAAAAAACUUAUUUUCAGACUUAUCAGACCAAAUAGGGAGAACUUAUGUAUAUUCAUAAAGGUGAAAUUCUUUAAAAGUAUUAUUUUAUAUUAUUAAGAUUUUAAAUUUAUGAAUUCCUUCCAAAAUUAGAAAUAAUAACUAAUUUAGAACAAAUCAAGUAUCUGAGAUGGAUAGGGGAAUUGGGAAAAGACAACAGAAAAAUCGGGUUAUGGAAAGCAACUUGGAAAGGUGAAAGUAUUGUUGAUUGUGGUGGUUGGUACUCAUAAGAAGGCUAAAAAUAAGGAAAAUGGAAAGAAAUGAUCAAAAAUUAUAAUGAGUUUGAAUAUUUAAUUACAAUAUUAGCCACGCAAAAGUAUUUGAAAUUGGAGAAUAUGUAAAUGAUUUGAGGAAGGGAAUUUGGAAGUAUAAUUUUUAAGAGAACGAAAUGUAAUUUAAAUAAUUAUAAUUUUUUAGAGGAGGAGGAGAAUAUAAUGAGAAAGGAUUUAAAUAAGGAAAAUGGAUUGAAUUAAGUGAAAGAUUUCGGAAGAAUUCAUAAGUCACUUACAUUGGAGAAUAUAAUAGGAAUGGUUAGAAGGUAGGUAAAUGGGAUAUUAUGUUUUGUCCAUCAAAUUAGUAUGAAUAGAUGUAAUUAUAUAAUAUUAGAUAUUAGCGGUGGUGGAUAAUACGAUGAGUUAUAAGAAGGCUGUUCAAUUAAAGUUGGUAAAUGGAUUGAAUUGUGGGAUGGAUUUUAGAAAGAUUCAUAAGUGACUUAGAAUGGUGAAUAUAACACUAAUGGUAUGAAAAUAGGUAGGUGGAACAUAAUGUAUAAUAAUUAGGAUAAGGAAUAGAUGUAAAUUUAUAUAAGAUAAUAAGUGGGGGAGGAUUAUAUCAUGAGUAAUAAGAUUGUUCAGUUAAAACUGGGAGAUGGUUAGAAUUGUCGGAAGGAUUUUAGAGAGAUUCAUAAGUCACUUAUUAUGGUGAAUAUAAUAAAAAUGGUAUGAAAGUAGGUAGAUGGGACAUAAUGUAUAAGAAAAAAGAUAUUUAUGGGAAUGAGGAUCCAAAUUAUUAAUUAAUGUAAAAUUAAAAAAAAUAAAAAUUUUUAGUGGUUGUGGAUCAUAUCAAGACUAAUAAGAUGGUUCUACAAUUAAAAUUGGGAAAUGGAUAGAAUUAUGGGAUAAUUUUAGAUAUCCCAGUUAAAUUACUUUUAAUGGUGAAUAUAACAUUAAUGGUAUAAAAAUAGGGAAAUGGGACAUUAUGUAUUGUAAGUGGAAUGAAAAAGAAUAUUAAUAAAUGUAAUUCUUAUCAGUAUAGAUUUCAUAGAGGUGGAGGAGAAUAUGAUGAGCUAGAAGGUGAUUCAAUUAAAAUUGGGAAAUGGGUAGAGGUGUAGGAAGACUUUUUUAGCGGAGGUGAAAUCACUUCUAUUGGUGAAUAUAAUAAGCGAGGUAUCAAAGUAGGCAGAUGGGAUAUAUGGUUUAAAAAGAAUUAUGGAGAUGCAUAAAAUGAGAAAAUGUAAUCAUUUUAAAAAAGAGAUAUAGUGGUGGUGGAUAAUAUUGUGAGUAAGCAGGAGGUUUUUCAAUCAAAAUUGGGAAAUGGAUAGAGUAGUUGGAUGAAUUUUAUGAUGCGUCUUAGAUCGUUUAUAUUGGUGAAUACAACACUAAAGGAAUCAAGAUAAGCAGAUGGGAUAUAAUGUUUAGAUAAUAUGGAGAUUUUGAAUUUAAAUAGAUGUAAAUAUUAUAAGAUUAUUAUUAUAGCGGAGGCGGAUCAUAUUUUGAAUAAGAAGGAGGUGCUUCUUUUAAGAUUGGUAAAUGGGUCGAAUUUUGUGAGUAAUACAAAGGGUCUGCUUAAGUCACUUAUAAUGGUGAGUUUAAUAUGAAGGGUCAGAAGAUAGGGAAAUGGGAUAUUAUGUUUGAUAGAUGGGGAAAUGGAGAUUUUAAAUAAAUGUAAAUAUUCUAUGAUAUGAUAUAUUAGUGGUGGAGGAUAAUAUGAAGAAUAAGAAGGAGGAUCUUCAAUUAAGAUUGGAAGAUGGGUAGAAUUGUAUGAAGGGUUUUGUGAUAGCAUAUAAAUAACUUAUACUGGUGAAUAUAAUGAAAAAGGCAUAAAAAAUGGUACAUGGGUGGAAACAGAUCUUGGAGAAUAAGAAUGCUGGUGA